AUGUACCCUGGACGACGCGAGCAGGCUCGAGCAUGCUUCUCAAUUUGGUACGACGGAACCCUGCCCUUCACCGACUGCGGCUUCGUAAAUUUAGGAUGGGCGCUAGCACAAGGCUCGCGGCGGGCCACUGAGCGUUGGGCGCAGGGCGCUGCUGCUGGACCGAACGUCGAGUGCCGCGCGCCCUUCACGGGCACCACCACGCCGCGCGCCGCAUGCGAGGCCGUCUUGGGGGCCAAAGGCUGGCCUGCAGCGGUCCUCACCACUAUUCUGCAGGGUAAAAGACGUGUGCCAGUCACCUCCUCCUGCUGCUCGUCGCCGGCGCGCACCCCACACUCGCCCUGCUGUGGUGUUGAGACCUCGCAACAGGAGGCGCCUCUCGCUGCUCACACCAGAUGUUCCACGUCGCGCGCCAUUGGCUGGGCCCGCCCGCCCACUGUGUCGUCGCGCAUGCACAACCUCCAGGCUGCUGCACACCGCGACUCGUCGGAGCGUGAACCACGCCGUGCAUUUCAAAUCCCUAGCGCACCGCCCUCGCAAGACCCUUUGGCACGCUCGCGGUCGGAGACGGCUUUCGAGGCUCCGCAGAACAGGAAGCCUGCUGCUUUGACGACCAUUCUCUGCUUGCGGCCUAGCAUGCACCCGCCCAUCCCUCGCUUGCCUGCUUGCCUGCUUGCCUGCUUCGUAAGGCGACGUCUAUGUAAAGAUGCUGCUAUUCGUCAGGCCGCCAACGCGCAUUUCCACAGCAGCGCAAGCCACUCGUUGAGCCCCAGGGGUCGUCAUCACAUUUGA